AUGGAGCGAGCGGUGAGGGAUUUCAAAACCCUCGGUCGGUCCAAGACAACGCCGUCAGGUCUUGACAACAAAUGGGUCUUCGGCAUCCGACACGUCGACCUCAAUCCACCUGGAGAUCUGUUGCUCGCCGUGCACCCAGUUAGCAGGUUCGUGUUGCAGGGCGGCCCGGCUCAGAUCCUCUCGCAGCCUACCGAGCGUGAUAGGGCCAGGGCGGCUGUGAUUCCCCUUCUUCAAGCCUUUUCCAAAGGCAGUCCAGGCGCUGAACAUGCCGCAUUUGCACCUUGGAGCUGGUCAACGGACAGUUCCGAGCUCGCUGCCGCUAUUGGGCCGGAGCUGGCUGCUGCAGGGAUCUCGGGUGGUCUUGAGCCCGGAGCGGAUACCGCAGCCUCGUCUGCUGUGUCACCUGGCGAUUCAUCCAAGUGCCACGGUUGCAGUCUCUCCUCCGAAAACUUCUCUUCGCCGAUGAAGAAGUGCUCCGCGUGUCUGAAGGCGUGGUAUCAUUCCCAAGACUGCCAGCGCUCGCAUUGGAAGGAGCACAAGCCGACAUGUGUCGCCAACCGCCCGAAGACGCAGGCGCCCGAAGAUCCAUCGGCGACUCCAUCAUCCGAAGUAGCGUACAACUAUUAUAACAAUGUGGCGCGAAAGUCCCCGGAGGGACAGGCGUUGAUGCGCUCCCUUCAUCUCGAUCCUAUCUCAACUCACAAAGGAUUGUCGCUGCCACUUCGACGUCUCGUCAUCACCGGCAAGGACACGCCGGAAAACAUGCAAGUUCUCUUUGGGCCGACGUUUCUUAGCCAGAAGAAUGAGCAUGAGAGAAUUCGGCUUGAGAUUCUCUUGGACGCCCCUCGCGGCUCCCCAGUGCACAAAAUGGCAGAGUUUGAUGAUGCCGGGGUCGACCGCCUCACUCGUGCAGUCCGACCGCCGAGCCAGACUGAACAGGAGACAAUGAAGGAAGUGCGAGAGAUUCAGAAGAAAGUCCAGCGGAAGAUUGGAGUUGGAAAUUCGCCUGAUUCGGGCGUCAUGCGAGAAAUCCUGAUGACGAUGGGGCCGAAUUGGCCGGAGAAGAUGCACCUGUACACGCUUGCAAUCAACACCAUGGACCAAGGGGUCGACCGCUAA